CCUCCCCUCUCCUCUCCUCUCUGUCGCCGUCCCUGCCCCGUGGUGUUAGAGAGUGGUUAUGAGUGUUUGGCAGGUUAAAUUUAGCCUAUUGAUGUAAGCUGCAUUCCAUUCACAACAGACAGGGACACACACUCACAGUUUGGCUUUAGUGUGCGGGACUGUGAAGAUCAGGGAAGAUCAAACUACCAACUGUAGGUUGACCCCUGAGUCUCCGUGUCUCCCCUUCAAGGAUACAGGUUACGCAGUAGGGACGCCAUCACAGAACGACUACAUCCUGUGUCCUGUAUGUGUUUCCAGUCCUCCGGACCUCUGCCAACCGCAAUGUCACAAUUCUGCACGAUGCCAGCUGGAGAGAGGAAGAAGUGUGCAGCAGCUAUUUGCCGAGAGGUCCAUGGUACCAAUGGGGACACCAUAGAUCUGGGGAAGAAGCUGAGCACUCCUAAAGACAUCAUGUUGGAGGAGCUGUCAUUGCUUUCCAACAGAGGCUCUCGUCUUUUUAAGAUGCGCGGGAGGAGAUCCGACAAAUACACAUUUGAAAGCAUCCAAAAUGAGGCAAACACACAACUAAAUAAUGAUAUUUUACUGGCCAACACACACACUGUGGAAAUUAAAGUGGACGCACCCGACCAUGAAGGAAGUGCUGGUAAUGCAGAAGAAUCAAAAUCAGAACCAGAAAAGUCAAACGUCACAGUCUUGCACAAGUGCUACCACUCUCCAUGGGAGGAGGCAAUCCUCAGUGACCCUGACCUUGCUGAGUCUCUCAAACUGGCAAUGUCUGGACUGGACCCAAGAUCAGAGCUUCCCGAAUACAAAUCCUUCAACCGGGUUGCCACUCCUUAUGGUGGCUUCGACAAAGCUCCCAGAGGAAUCACGUUCAAACUCCCGGAGAUAGACCUGAGCCCGCUCAGAUACCCAGAGCUCCAGGAGCCGGGGAUGAAGCGGCCCACCUUCAACAGGACAGCCCAGGGUUGGAUAACCGAGGGCAUCCAUCUGAUCAUACCCACCAUUACCCUGGAGCCCGUCCAAGUCCCAGAGUCCGAUGAUCUGUAGAUGAUUUUACGUAACCUGGCUGUAGUAUUGUAGCCUCGGCCUGCCAUGACAACUUAACACUGAAUUAGUAGCACAGUUGCAAACCCUCACAGUGAUUUUGCAUUGAAAUCAUAAAAUGUAGACAAAGAUGGACGACAUGAUCGCUACCCAAAAGUCUAGUUUGCUACCCUGUGGCUGAUUGCAUUAUAAGUCAUAAAUCCUGCCUCAUCCAUGUUAGUGAGUGGGACAUGGGCAAAACUACAAAGUCAAAGUCAAAUCAAAUAAAUGGUUACAAUUGUUUCUGUUGUUUUAGGCAGUUUAUCACCACAUUGGUGUGUAUUCAAGUGUUCAUUGUAUUAGUUAAUAUGGUUGAUUGCAGUGAUCAUAUCCAGGAUAUUUUGUGUUCAUUUCUGGACAGUGGGAGGAAGUAGAGACACGUCGUCCAUCUUUAUAUGGUGUUGUGCUUUUAUUUCUCAGUUGACCAGUAUGUUUUUGAUGUCCACUACAAAAACCGUCUCCAAAGAAAAUCAUGUAAAUAGCAAAAUGAAUGUGCUAUACAUAAUUCAAGAAAUUCAAUGAUUCCACCGAUACUGAAAACACCACUGUAAAUUUGUAUCAAUUUUCAAAUGAGAACAUUAAUAUGUAAUGUAAAUAAAGAAUGCAAACUUAUUUAUUGAUGGCACACAAUUAAAACUGGAACAUGCAGUAA